UAUGAAUUGUGGGAUUAAAGCCUAAAACGACAACAAAUAAUUUAGCUGCUAUCUUGCACAGAUAUCAGACUAUUUUCCACACUGCCUCUUAUUUCCACAAGAGGAGAGAUGGAAAAUGUGCAUUUGGCUGUAGAGGAGGAUGAUCUUUACUCGGGUUACAACGAUUAUAAUCCAACAUUUGACUCCGAGGAGUUGGAGAAUGAUGUGGCGUUCCAGCAAGCAGUUAGGACGAGUCAUGGAAGAAGACCCCCAAUGACUGCCAAGUUUCCAGGCACCGCUAUUGGAGCUCGACCUUUAGCUUCAUCCUUUGGAACUCGGAUGGCUAUGGCCUCAUCAAUGGGAAGACCCAUGACUGGAGCUGUGCAGGAAGGGGCAGCCAGACCAAUGACGGCUGUGAGAGCAGCGGGCUACACCUCCUCCCUGACACAUGGCUCUUCCUUUGACCCUCUGGGCCAGUCCAGGGGCCCAGCACCCCCACUUGAAGCAAAGAAUGAAGACACGCCUGAAGAGAAGAUCAAAAUCCUGGAGAAGAAAGUGAAUGACCUGAUAGAGGAGAGCUGCAUGGCACAGAGCAUGGGCUCCUUGCAGCUGGCUCUUGAAAAAGCCAAAGAGGCAGGGAGGAAAGAGCGAGCACUGGCUAGACAGAGGGAGCAAUCUGGCAACGUAGACCACAUCAAUUUGGACCUUACAUACUCUGUUUUGCUCAACCUUGCCAACCAGUAUGCUAACAAUGAAAUGUACCCAGAAGCCCUGAACAGCUACCAGGUCAUUGUGAAGAAUAAGAUGUUCAGUAAUGCAGGUCGUCUGAAAGUCAACAUGGCCAACAUCUAUUUCAAACAGAAGAACUACCCGAAAGCCAUCAAGUUCUACCGCAUGGCACUUGAUCAGAUCUCCAACACUCACAAGGAAAUGAGGAUCAAGAUCAUGCAGAAUAUCGGUGUGGUCUUUGUCCGCUUGGGCCAAUAUUCAGAUGCCAUAACGUCUUUUGAGCACAUCAUGAGUGAAAGUCCCAACAUCAAGACAGGGUUCAACCUAAUCUUGUGCUACUAUGCCAUCGGCGAUAGAGAGAGAAUGAAGAAAGCCUUUCAGAAGCUCAUCUCUGUUCCCCUUGGCAUCGAUGACGAAGAAAAAUACAUCCCAUCUAAUGAUGACACCAACACAAAUAUGGUCAUUGAGGCCAUUAAGAACGACAAGCUUCACCAGAUGGAGAGAGAUGUAAAAGUCCUAGCUGAGAAAUACAUCAUGACUGCAGCCAAGCUCAUUGCUCCGGCCAUUGAGACUUCUUUUGCGAAUGGAUUUGACUGGUGUGUGGAUAUGGUAAAGAGUUCCCAGUAUGUUGAGCUUGCCAACGAUCUAGAGAUCAACAAAGCCAUCACCUACCUCAGACAGAAGGACUUCAACCAGGUUGAGGCAGUGGAAACACUGAAGACAUUUGAGAAAAAGGACAGCAGAGUGAAAAGUGCUGCAGCCACUAAUCUGUCUUUCCUCUAUUUCCUGGAGAAGGACUAUGACCAAGCAGAGCGAUAUGCUGACCUUGCCAUGAAUGCUGAUCGUUACAACCCUGCAGCGCUUAUCAACAAGGGCAAUACAGUGUUUGUCAAACAGGAUCAUGAAAAGGCUGGAGAAUUCUACAAAGAAGCUCUGAGGAAUGAUUCCUCGUGCACUGGAGCCCUCUAUAACCUGGGCCUGACUUAUAAAAGACUGAACCGCUUGGAGGAAGCCCUUGACUGCUUCCUGAAGCUCCAUGCCAUUCUGAGGAACAGUUCUCAAGUUAUGUACCAGCUGGCCAACCUUUAUGAGCAGUUAGGAGAUCCUCAUCAGGCAGUUGAGUGGCUGAUGCAGGUCAUCAGCGUGACUCCCACUGACCCCCACGCACUGGCCAAACUGGGAAAACUGCAUGACGAUGAGGGGGACAAAUCCCAGGCUUUCCAGUACUACUGCGAGUCUUACAGGUACUGUCCCUCUAACAUCGAUGUGAUCACAUGGCUCGGGGCUUACUACAUUGAGACACAGUUCUGCGAGAAGGCCAUCCAGUACUUUGAAAGAGCCACGCUUAUUCAACCAACUCAGGUGAACUGGCAGCUAAUUACAGCAAGCUGCUACAGAAGAAGUGGAAAUUACCAAAAAGCUUUGGAAACUUACAAAGACAUCCACCGCAAGUUUCCAGACAAUGUGGAAUGCCUCCGGUUCCUUGUGAGGCUGUCCACAGAUAUGGGAUUGAAGGAAGUUCAAGAAUAUGCUACCAAGCUGAAGAAGGUCGAGAAGAUGAAGGAGAUCAGAGAGCAGAGGGUGAAGUCAGGACGGGAAAGCAGUGCAAGAGGACGGAAAGAAGGCAGAGAAGGCAGCGCAGGCAGCAGUGCUUUUAAACCUCUGAUGUUUGAAGAUGUGGAUGAUGUCAAAGCAGCACCUCAGACUGAGUUAAAGCAGUUCAGUCCACUGUUGGACUCAGGGAGAGACAGCAGUCACAGCAGCAGCAGCACUAAAGGAGAGCGUCUGAGCACCAAAAUGAGGUCACUUCCUGGUUCCAAUGAGCCCUACGAAGCCAGCAGCCCAAAAGAACUUGAUGCAUCCUAUGUGGACCCACUGGGACCUCAGAUGGAGAGACCAAAGACAGGUGCCAAGAAGCGCAUAGAUGAUGAUGACUUUGGAGAUGAAGAGCUGGGAGAUGACCUGCUGCCAGAGUAGACACAUCAAUCUCUUCAUUUGCUAGAUUAACACAUUUUUACUUUUGGUAUCUUUUGUGAGGCAAGAGCACAGAACUUCGCCAUAUAUCUAAACAGAAUAAAAUCCAUCUUUAUUGUCUCUAAAACGAUUACAGGAACAGUCAAGUUGAACUGCUGUUGAAGCUCGACUACUAGCAGGAUUACUGUCCUUAUGCCAGGAGGGAAAUCAAUUUAUUGAGUCAAGUAUGUCUGCUACAAUAGCUGAGGAUAUUUUUCCUUUCAGUUUCCUGGUUAGUAUUGGUCUUUUUCUGGAUACCUGUUACAUUAUUGACAAAAAAAAACUAACAAACAAUUUAUCGGGCAGCAAAUUGGAACCACAUCACACUGUGAAACGAAUACCUUUACAGCUGUUUGUUUAGUAACAAAAAGGAUGCACAAUAUCAUUUAUUUUUAUUACGUUAUGUACCAGCCUCUUGCUUUAUUUUCAAGCCAAAGCCUGCGACAGAGACCAUGUGCAGAGCAGUUUGAGUCCAGUUGAAUAUGAAGAUAAUUCAACUCCCAACAUUUUCUAAGUGCGAAGUCUCAUCUCAGCAGGAUUUCAGUUCAAUUAAUGUGUUUAAAGCCUGACUAAUAGAAAAGGUUUCCACUGAUGAGUCAUCUCUGUGAAACAUCUGGUCAUUUUGUCUAAGAAAACAGGUCAUCCUACAGUUUAUUUGAUAUUCUUCACCUUUUAGAGUGAAAAAUAUCUUUAUAUUGUUUGGAAAGUUUUAAUUAGGCUUUGGUGUCCAACACACUGAGCUAAAGACAAAAUGGGUGUGUUUUUCUAAAUUUUAUGUGGACUGUGAAAGUAAAAAAAAAAAAAAAAAAAAAAAUAUAUAUAUAUAUAUAUAUAUAUAUAAAGUAUUUGGACAAUAUGAACUAUUUGGACAUAGGUCCUGCUCAUAUGAGGACACUUGCCUUCCUGCUACCCAAUCUGUUGAAGUUCAGUUUAAUACUUCUCUCUAUGUUGAUACCUUUUCAAAUGGUCUGCUGAGACCUGAGUCCUUCUGGAAAAUAUAUCAGUAUGUUCCAGAGUAAUGUCAACUAACCAUUUCAGCUCCCUUCAAAAUAUAUAAUCUAAUAUUUAUUUAUAUUCUUUGCUAGUCUUGUUGUAUAAUUAAAGGGUUUAAUAAAUAUAAAUA